CGGCGCCGGCCCGCGGCGUCCCCACGCUGCCCGCUGGCCCGUGGGCAACAUGGCUGCGGCUUCCAGCGGGGAGAAGGAGAAGGAGCGGCUCGGAGGCGGCUCGGGGGCGGCGGGGGGAAACAGCACGCGUGAGCGGCUGCUGUCUGCGCUGGAAGAUCUGGAGGUCCUGUCGCGGGAACUUAUAGAAAUGCUGGCAAUUUCAAGAAACCAAAAGUUGUUGCAGUCUGGAGAGGAAAACCAGGUCCUGGAGUUGUUAAUUAUUCGAGAUGGGGAGUUUCAGGAACUAAUGAAAUUAGCACUCAAUCAGGGAAAAAUACAUCAUGAAAUGCAAGUUUUAGAAAAAGAAGUAGAGAAGAGAGACAGUGAUAUUCAGCAACUGCAAAAACAACUAAAGGAAGCAGAACAAAUACUGGNAACAGCUGUUUACCAAGCAAAAGAGAAACUUAAGUCAAUAGAAAAAGCAAGAAAAGGUGCUAUCUCCUCCGAAGAAAUAAUUAAGUAUGCACAUAGGAUUAGUGCAAGUAAUGCUGUGUGUGCUCCCCUUACCUGGGUUCCAGGGGACCCUCGGAGACCAUACCCAACUGAUUUAGAGAUGAGAAGUGGGUUAUUGGGUCAGAUGAACAAUCCUUCCACUAAUGGUGUGAAUGGUCAUUUACCAGGGGAUGCACUUGCAGCAGGCAGACUGCCAGAUUAUAUGCCAGUCAUGGUCCAGUCAGGAGACAGAAACCACACUAAUAAUUUGAACAAGGAAAUUUUAAAGAAUUAUUAACUGGUAGGUAACAAGGAACUACUAAGGGGUAAAGAGGACUAUUUUUUAAAAGUAUAAGAAUAAUGGAUAUGGGGAGUAACGGCUACAUCUAGGACCAAGGCAGGGUACCCGAAGAAGAGACUAACUAGAACAGGGUCCUCCCCACCCCCAUCCCACGGCCAAUGGUCAUAUCAUGGUGCUGUGAUUGGAGUGGGUGUAGUGUAGCUAUGGCCCACUCCAUGGCAGAGAAGUUAGAUGAGAUGUCAGGGGCCAGAGCUGGCGAGCAGGAAUUAUCUAUUGCGGUUCCGGGGAGACUUGCUGGGAGCUGCCCUUUGGGAUUGUGGUAAAACUGACCGGGAAACCACCUUCAGGGAUGCCACUGAAAGUUGCUGAGGAAAACACAUUUGAUGUCCUGCACACCAUCCAGGCACCACAGGAGUAAAGGAAAAAAAUUCCUGAUCCAAGAAGUGAAGCCUGUUCUCCUGCAGGUCCCUUUGCCCCCACCAGGCCCUCUACUGACAAUGCUUAACACUGUGGCAGCUGGCAAAGGAGAAAUGACUUCAGGGCCAGGGAGAAUUCUUUUGACUCUCUUUAAAUCUGUCUUCUUUCUUUUGCCCUGAACUAUACCUACUUAUGUGCUCUAUUCCUUUUCUUCAGAAAUACUUUUAAUGUGACUUGGGCCCUUUUUGGUAAGAUAUGUCUUAUAUAUACUUUGCUAAUUAACUUCUCUUUGAUCAGAGUCAUUUUCAGUAGCAAUUCCUCUACCUUCUAAGAAAUUGUUCAAACUGAUUAUAAAACUUAAUGAAGUAGGUAUUACCUAUUUAUAAUCUAUAGAAUAAUCCAAUACAUAU